AUGAAGUUCAUCAGAGAGAGUAUUAUUGCGCCUGUCAGGAACAGGGCAGGACCCUGCAGACAGAUUUUAAAAUCUGUCCUGCUUUACCUCUGGGAUGUUUACUCUGCACCUGCACCUUCUGGCAGAGACAUACUGACUCAGCUGUCUCUCUGUUUCACACUCGCCAUCGUCACUGGCGGCCUGCUUCAUCACUGGCUGUCAAAGACUCUCAAAUACAACCAUGACGGGUCCAUUCAGACCGCCUGCAUCUACAGCGUGGCCAUGUUCCUGGUCUCGUUCCUGUGUCACCCUCUGCGCUGUGUGCUGACCAUGAUUCUACCCACUGUCUGCACCAAACAGGGACGCAAACUCCUCAUCACAGCCUCUGUCAUGAUUCUAGUGUUGAACGUCAUCCCUAAUAUUUCAGUGAACGUAGGGGCGGUCACUCGCAUCCUCAAGUGUACUGCUGAGGGUUUCACAAAGACUUUGUUAAACUCAUCUGAACCUUUGAACAAAGCAAAGAAAGACCUUGUUGAGGAAACCAUCAAAGCAAGGAGGGAAGAUUUGAGCAUUGUCACCAACUUGAGGAAGCUGGAUCAUUUCACACAUGUUGAUGUGUCAGAAGUCAGAGGAAGGUUUACUAAGAUGAUUGGGCAGAUAGAGGUCAAUUUCUCACAUGCCAGGAACCUGCUGAAAGAAUACAAACUGCUGUCAAACCGGAUCCUUGCUGCCAUUUUUGUUGCUCUACUAAUCUUUGAAUCUGCACGCUACUUGAAAUCUUAUCUGGCAUCAGUUCAGUUUGAUAAUGGCCACAUCUCCAAAGAGCUCUGGCAGAGAGCGAAUCAUAAUGCUAAAGAUAAAACUUGUCUCCCAAGCUGCAAAAUAACAAGUCAGGAAUGUACCUCCUGUUUCAUAUCACUGGUUCUGGUGACGUUAUAUUUCAUCGCAAUAGCUUUAAUAGUAGCCUUGGAUCAUGUUGUGUAUCAUAUAGUUCAGGCGAUUCUGCCGUGGAUUCUGGACUUUCCACCAACAACUGCCAGCAUAAGUGUCGAUUAUAAGGUGCAGUGGUUCCCCCCUGCCUUCUGUAUCAUCCCACAGUCUUGUGUCACACGGGAGCUGACAAACUUCCACAGGGAUUACAAGUGGACUUUCGAUCCCGAGCCAUCGCUCUGUGAUGUGACAACCUCGGCACCCAACCUGGGAGUCACACUCCUGCUGGGAUGUCUGUGGCUGAUGAGCUACUCUCUGGUGUUCCUCGAGGUUUAUGCCAGACGGCUGCGCAAGAAAAUCUCUGCAUCCUUUUUCAGAGAGCAGGAGGAGAGGAGGAUGGCAUACUUGAUGGAGAAAAUACAAGUGAAGCAGAAUAAAAAGGAGCACAAGGAGAUGAUUUAUGUGAAGGUUGGGUGA